AUGAAUCCCGACGAUAAACUUAUCAAGCCCAAUUUCAGGCAUCGCCUUGCAAGGAGUUUUAAGGACAAAUUCAGAUCAAGUGAUAAGAAGAAGCCUGAGCCAUCACAGAAAAAAGUUCAUACCCUUACCAGCUCCACUGCUGCUACCAAAAAACAAGAUCAGAUUGACCGAAAUGACACAACUGCAAACGAAGUUAGACUACCUAAAUUGCAAGCUAAGCUCGACCUAUGGCAAGAGGCAGUGGACAAAGCCCAGCAGUCCGCAGACUGGAAAGCUCACAAACGUGAAUAUGAUGAAGCGAUUCUGGAGUGUCAAGGCAACAACCAAAACAUUUUGAAUAAGAGUGGCACCGAGAACAAAAAAUCCACGAGCUUCGCUGACGCCAUAUCCGAGCACUUGAUCUCACUCCAGGGGGAAGUUCUAGAAAGACAGUGGGAAUACAAGAAAAGUUCAAGGGGUGAAAGUUUUUAUUUUUCGAGAUGUCAUAAAGCGCAUCGUUUAGACCCCGGCAACCAGCUGGCUGCUCUCGAUCCUACAAAGGCUGCAGCGUUAGUUUUGGGGGAUUCGUUGCAAUUCUUCGUCGAAAGAGCUGUAGUAUAUAAUGAAUUCAGGGACAUGGCAAUUGAUCAAGAGCCAAUUGCGAAUUUGAUAACCCGGUAUGCUCUGAUUGAAAACUUGUAUCUCAACAACAUGUCUGGAACCCCAGAUGAGGUUGAUGAGGCAGUCAAAAGCAAAAUAGUGUCAUUAUACACAGCAGUUAUUCUCUACCAAAUGGCUAUCUACAAUUUCUGGAAGCAAGGCCAAAAUUACACAUGGCAUACAAAGUCUAGUGCCUAACAAACUCAAAGAAUGU